CAAAAUGUCGGAAAGCAGCUCGGAUGAAAUCGCCACCGGUGAAGAUUGGGUGUUUUACCGCGAUCGACCAGAAUGGAAGGAUGUCACUCCGAUCCCUCAAGACGAUGGACCCCAUCCCGUUGUCCAGAUAGCGUAUUCCGAUAAAUUCCGAGAUGUGUAUGAUUAUUUUCGAGCUGUGGUGGCAGCAGAUGAGAGAAGUGAACGAGCUCUACAUCUAACAAAAGAUGCUGCUGAACUCAAUUCAGCUAAUUAUACUGUAUGGCAUUAUAGAAGAGUGAUAUUAAAAGAUUUAAAAACUGAUCUCAAAGGAGAAUUAAAAUAUAUAUCAGAAGUGAUCGAAGAUAAUCCUAAAAAUUAUCAAGUUUGGCAUCAUAGAAGAGUUCUUAUAGACUGGUUACGAGAUCCUUCCACUGAGUUAAACUUCACCGAGAAAAUACUUCGUCAAGACUCAAAAAAUUACCAUGCCUGGCAGCAUAGACAAUGGGUGAUACAAGAGUUUGAUCUAUGGGAUAAAGAAUUGGCCUAUAUUGAUAAAUUGCUCAAAGAAGAUUUAAGAAACAACUCGGCCUGGAAUCAAAGAUAUUUUGUUAUAAAAAAUACUACAGGUUUUACUGAUGAGGUGGUGGACAGAGAGGCCAAAUAUACUCAAGACAUCAUCAGAAAAGCUCCUGGAAAUGAGAGUGCUUGGAAUUUUCUUAAAGGGGUACUAAGUGAUCGAGAGUUGAGUAAAUACCCAGGUUUGUUGGGUUUCUGUACGGAACUGUAUAACAAUAGGUAUCGUUCACCCUAUCUACUAGCCUGUAUGGUUGAUAUUCAAGAAGAACUACUAGAGUUAGGACAAGGAAAGAAAGAAGAGGUUUUAAACAGAGCAUUAGAGUUAUGUACCUCUCUAGCAGACGAAUACGAUACGAUACGUCGAGAAUAUUGGCGAUACGUCUCUCAGUCACUAGCUACAACCUACGGGAAAGAAGUUACGAAUUCAAACGCAACAUGAUGCAACGUUAGAUCUAGGUGAUCAUCAUCAACGUAACUUUUCUCAUCUGUAUCAGAUACUCUCAUUGGACAGUUAGACACGUGUGUUUAUACCCCUAACAUGU